AUGUCAAAUUAUGUAGCUCCAUCGAUUGAAACUUUACCAGUAGAAAUACUUCAUCGCAUUUUCGAUAAUCUUGAUGCACAAAUAAUCUUAUACUCAAUUCGACCAUUAUCGAAAUUAUUUCGAUCAGUUGUUAAUACUUACAAUCGAUAUGUUUUGGAAUUCAAUUUAAUUUCAAAAUCAUGUUUUUACUUUUUUUGUCGACUAAUUCAUCCUCAAAAUAUUAUUUCAUUAACACUUUCGAACAAUGAACAAACAUCAGUUCAAAUAGAUUUAUUUAUAUCACUUGUUCAUCUUCGUCAAAUUACUCGACUUCGCUCGUUAACUCUUCUUCAAAUUAGUGAAGAUCAAUUAAACUACAUUUUGAAAAGAAUUAACCUUAACUUGCUUAUUACAUUUUCAUUCAGUAUUAGAAAAUACGAUGAUAGACGCAGAGCAACAACUAUAACACCUCUCUCAUCAAUUAUCGCACAGUCAACUCUUCGCAAAUUGGAAUUCAAUACAUUUGAUAGUAUGCCAAAGAUUUCAUGGCCAAUCGAUGGUAUAACUGAAUAUUUGACUACAAAUAAUCGCAUAAAUAUAGAUGAUCUCUGUAAAAUAUUUCAAUGUUCUCCUCAUUUGCAUAUGCUCAUUAUGAAUGAAAUCCCAGCAGGAGUGAUUAAUAAUGUAACUUCAACAUGUUUUCGACAGUUAACAUCGUUAACUAUGCAAGAUCUUCGUGUAACUAUUGAUGAACUUGAAUCAUUUCUCUUAUUGACAUCUUCACUUGUUUAUCUAAAAUUGAUUGGUGGGGAAGAAAUGUUGGAUGGUAAACGAUGGGAACAAUUCAUUCAAAUAAAUUUACCUCAAUUAGACAAAUUUGAAUUUUAUUUCACUGAAUGGAAGUCAACUAAGCAAACUCUGACAGAUCUCGAGUUAAUAAUUGCUUCAUUUCAAACACCCUUUUGGAUCGAACACAAAAAAUGGUUCGUUACCUGUGAAUAUGAAUGUGGUGUGCUACGGUUAAAUAUUAUUUCUCUCUAUUCCAUACCAAUUUGCACAUCUUAUAUGUAUUACACGUCAAAAUCGGAAAAAAUUUCGUUGUCGACUUAUCCUAUGAUGAUGAACAAUGAUCUACUAACAAUGGAUAACAUCAAGUCACUAAGUUUAACGUUGAACCAGUCAACAGCUAAUGAUAUUAAAGAAAAAGUAAGUUAUUCAAAUAUAAGUUUUACAUUUAAAUAG